CUGCACUGAACUACUCCUGCGCAGACUGGAAAUAUUUCCUAGCACCGUCGCGCAAAACCAAGUGCCGUACCUGCAGCACACAGCGCACUCAUUUUUCUUCACAUUGUUUACUCGUACUUGGUACAGUGCAGUGCCUAGUACUACUACCAGUACCUCUGCAACUACCCUCGCUGCCCUCGCUGCCCUACCACCACUGCCCCUCCAUCCCCCCUCCAUCCCCCCUCCGUCUCCCCGCCGCCGUGGCGCCCUCUCCUCGCAUCCUCGCGUUGUUAGCUCAGCGCGCAGGCAGAAUCAAUUGCACUCACACCACCAUGGCCCUCGUCGAGACACCCAACGACUCCGCUUAUCCUCCACUGCAAGAAAAGAAACCCAUAGAGGAACCUCCGGCAGUCGUCACGACACCCUGCGAUCCAUGGCCACGACCAUACUACCUCGAGAAUGGACUGCGGCGUGUGGCGCCAUACCACUAUACCUACAACACCUACUGCAAAGAGCGAUGGCGAGGACGGGAACUGCUGGACAUUUUUUCCAGCGAGUUCCGUGAUCGCCCUCUGGAAUACUAUGUUCGUUUUCGGAACACCAAACGCUCCGGUAUCCAUGCUGUUGCUAAUGGACUUAGAAAGAUGCAAUAGAGCGUGGCGCCGUCGUCGUCAAUGGGAACAAGGUCCCCACGCCAAACCACAUUGUCAAGAAUGGCGAUGUGAUUUCACAUACCCUGCAUCGACAUGAGCCACCCGUGACUGCUCUCCCUAUCUCCAUACUUCACGAGGAUGAGGACAUGAUAGUCAUCAACAAACCCUCGGGUGUGCCUGUCCACCCGGCAGGUCGGUACAACUACAAUUCGGUGGUGGAAAUCAUGCGAGCGGAGAGAGGGCACGGCUGGAAUCCACUGCCAUGUAACAGACUAGAUAGGCUGACCAGCGGUGUCAUGUUUAUUGGGAAAAACGCAAAGGCCGCAGAGAAACUCAGUCUGCAGAUUCAAGGACGAACGGUACGAAAAGAAUACAUUGCGCGUGUCAGGGGCGAAUUUCCAGAUGGGGAAGUGGUGUGCAAUAUGCCAAUUCUGCAGAUUUCCCCCAAGUUGGGGUUGAAUCGAGUCCGUGCCAAUGGAAAGGCCGCUCGGACAGUGUUCAAGAAACUGGCAUACUACCCCCCAGUAUCGGAAGGCGUUGUCGAUGCCAAAGACACCGACAAAGAUGGGGCAACAAGUUUCACCGGGCAGAAAACGUCCAAUAGUCGAGGCUAUUCGGUGGUCAGAUGCCUCCCGGUGACGGGAAGAACCCAUCAGUUGCGAGUACAUCUCCAGUUUCUGGGCCAUCCCAUCGCAAACGACCCCAUCUAUGCGAACCAAAGAGUGUGGGGUGCAAGCUUGGGUGCGAACGAUGGGGACGGGACCCAGGACAGCGACGAAGACAUCAUCACUCGUCUUGCACGCAUGGGAAAAUCCGAGGUCGCUGAUGCCGUGGCAUAUCAUGAUGAAAUGGUUGAUGAGUAUAACAAGAAAAAGGCUGAGAAGAUGUCUGGAGAGUUAUGUGAUAUCUGCCAAACGCCCCUAUACACGGACCCGGGUGAACAAGAGCUUACUUUGUGGCUUCAUAGUCUUCGAUAUGAAGACGCUGGCGGGUCAUGGAAAUAUGUUAGCCCUCUUCCAACAUGGGCUUUGCCUCCAGGUGAGUUACAUACGGUUAACUUCGACGACCUGGACUAACCACAACAGACGGUAUGGAAGGACCUAGGGAAGUCGGAGGGAUGGAAGAAUUGGUGAAGGCAGUGAAGGAUGAGAACCCAGAGAUCGCAUAA